AAUCGGUAGGCAUGAAUGAGAAUUGUAAUUUUGGAAUCAAGGUUGUAGUUGAAUGUCAUUGUUUGCUGCUGGUUUUGAAUAAUUAAUUACAUUGAAUUUGACAAUUGCUUUUAAUAUAAUUUUAAACUUAACAUUGCAGCUUUUACAGAGUGGGUGGGAGACAUGGUUUGAGGGAAGAACAAACAUUUUGUGCCUGCUAAUCUGAAUGAUUGUGAUGAAAGGAAGUACUUGUCAUGCAGAAUGUAUUGGCUGUGGCCAGCAUUCUGUUUAUUAGCUAGGUACUUGGCUUGUGGACUACGUUGGGUUGAAGGAAGAUGAAAUGUAUUCAGUUUAGGAUAUUACAUAAUUAGGAACUUUGAGGUUAAUGAACACCUAAUGCUAGUAAGGUAUGUGUUGGAUAUAUAGAUAGAAUUGCAUUCAGAAUUUUGAUUAGGAAAGUACCUUGAAAGUAAGCAUGUGGGACAGUAGUAAGUACAUGACACCAUUUAAGUAGCUGUUUGGGAGGUGGUUGGAACUGUUGAGGCUAUAUGUAACUUGUCAGCUCUGGUUGUAAUGAUUAAUGUUCAGGAUCAAAGUAGUAAACAUAGACCUAAAAAGGAGAUGGAAUUGUCAACCCUACCUUGUUCCCAAAUGUAGACGUUACUAAACUUAUUGCAUCUUUACAAGCAUGUUGGAGCUUGUAUAUCUUAAGGAUUUUUUAUUGUGUAAAAGUGUGAUGGUUAUUGUGCCCAUUAACUUUGUUUGCAGAAAGUAUAUGACUCACUGGUACUACGUGUCAGUUGGUCUAGCAAAUGCUUUGAAAUUCUCCUUUACCUCAGUAAAGUGAUUACCUAUUACUGGGCAAAUAGGAUUUGUUUACAGAUAGGUGCAGGCAUUUAUCUCUGCCACCACAUCUGCUUAUGCUCUGUUAGGCAAAUCUCUAGUCGGGUGGCUGCAUUUUACCUAGUAAAAUAGCUUGUGCUAAGAACUGCGUACUGCAUGUAAAAAAUUGUCCAUGAGCCCCGUGUCAUGGAGGUAAAUAAUCUGUUUCUUGCAGGGAAUUUCCCAGUCUUUUAAGUCCAUACCAGACAGUGCCUUCUAAUUUGUAGUGUUUUAAAUUAUCCCCGAAAAGUGGCUGCUCUGAAAAUGGGACGACAUUUUCGUGUUUACUGUAUCGUUGCAUGCGUAUAACCUUUAAAUGGCAGUUCUGUAUUUUCACGAGAGGCGUAAGUCGGUACCCUUUCAUGUAAGUAAUUUUCUACAAGACUGCACUCGCAAAGGAACAAUGUUAUAACGUAGCAAGCAUAUGAGGGCAGUGAUGUUCUUCAGGGUUUGGCGCCGUUCGGACUGCUCGGUAGACGCCAACGUUUUGGAAAAAUGUAGAUUGAGACGUGAGACUGCUUUCUCCGAAACGUUUGCACAGCGACCAGUCCACAUGACGCCGAAACAGAACACUAUCAUUUUUGUCACAGCCGUGAAAACUUCAAAUUUCGCUUGUGAUGGUAGCCAGCGACAACGCCAGAGUGUUGGAUUACAUAAGUCCGUUGCAUCGGCUUACAUCGCUCAAGAUGAGGAGAGGAACAAUUGUUGUGUUAUGGGUCGUCCUUCUCGUCGCGCUGCUGACGGUUUCUCAGGCGCACGCAAGACCUCACAGAAGUAUUUAUGUUCUGCUUUCCUGCCAUGGUUGUUGCUUAAUGUUGCUUGUGACUGAGAUCGAUAAGUGGCAGAAACGAGUAUCAGACCAGAGGCUGGCAGAGUUGGAGACUUACAUGGCGCUGAGGAAGAUGGCGGGAAAAUUGGUCACCGUACCGCUAGGGUUCGGACAGGUGGACCCAGCCAAGAUUGGACGUCGACGACGCCGUUCUUUAGAAGUCCUGUUGCAGGAACUGCGCAAUCCUUUGACGCAAGACGACCGCGACAACACGGCGGACGCCAACGCCAACGUUAACGCCAUGUUAGCGGAUAACAGUGAGAGUGACGAGGAUGUACGGGACUACGUAGAGUCCCAUCAGUCGCUACCGGAAUGGUACCAUGCAGCUCAGGUCUGAGGAAAAGGUCCCUUCAACGACGUAGCCCUACCAUCUCGCCUGUCUCUUGUUGUCGAACCACAGCUGAUAGAUGUGGACUUGUCACUGUUUCUUUUUCAAGUGAAAAUGACUGAAGUUGUGUUUAAGUAACUGCAUUCCUAACUCAGUUUAUUUCAGUCAUUUUAUCGCUUCAGACCUAGUGCCCAGGAAUAGGUAAAAUUUCAGUGAGUGGCGUCUUUUAAGAAUAUAUGGAGAUGACGUAAUAUUAGAUGAUUUGUUUUAUCUUCAUCUCUACGGCUUGUGGUACAUUAUUGUAGCGGAAAUGAACAUUAGAAAAUAAAGUCUAACGUAGACAAAGAAACGGGAAAAUAAACUA